CUCCUUUGUGAACCGGAAAGAUAUGGUUUCACCUUGGGUGCAUACCGCUCUGGUGGAGAGGCACACAUUUGGUUUUAGCUAGAAAUUUGACAUUCAAAUGAAAGAUAAAUGUCACCGUGACACUGCACCGCGUCUGACUGUUCUUCACACAGAGAGGAAACAUGAAGCAAGACGUCAGGAUACUUUUACUGGGGGAACCCAAGGUGGGGAAGACUUCACUCAUCAUGUCUUUGGUUGGAGAGGAGUUCCCAGAAGAGGUUCCCCCCAGAGCAGAAGAAAUCACCAUCCCUGCUGACGUGACUCCAGAGAAGGUGCCUACACACAUAGUGGACUACUCAGAAAAAGAACAGAGUGAUGACAUCCUCAGAGAUGAGAUUGUCAAGGCUAACGUGGUGUGUGUAGUGUAUGAUGUCACCAACGAGGAAACAAUAGACAAGAUCAAAACUAAAUGGAUACCUUUAGUAAACGGAGACGCAGAAAAAGGGAACAAAGUUCCAAUCAUCCUUGUUGGAAACAAGUCUGAUCUGCGCUGUGGGAGCUCAAUGGAAACCAUCCUUCCCAUCAUGAACCAGUUCUCUGAGAUUGAGACAUGUGUUGAGUGUUCUGCAAAGAAUCUGAAAAACAUUUCAGAGCUGUUCUACUAUGCACAGAAGGCAGUUCUACACCCCACUGCUCCUCUUUAUGACCCUGAAGACAAGCAGUUAAAACCUUUGUGUGUCCGAGCUCUCAGCAGAGUAUUCUACAUUUCCGACCAGGACAAUGACCGUAUCCUGAGUGACGCUGAACUUAACAGGUUUCAGAAAUCUUGUUUUGGAAAUCCUCUGGCACCUCAAGCCUUAGAAGACGUGAAGACAGUAGUUUGGAAGAACACCAGUGAUGGGGUGCAGGACAACGGCCUGACUCUAAAUGGUUUCUUGUUCCUUAAUACAUUAUUUAUCCAGAGGGGCCGACAUGAAACCACAUGGACCAUCCUCAGGAAAUUUGGUUAUGAUGACAACCUUGAGCUGACCGAUGAUUACCUUUAUCCUGAAUUACGGGUUCCUGUCGGCUGCACCACAGAACUCAAUCAUUUAGGCCACCAGUUCCUCCAGCAGCUGUUUGACAAGUAUGAUGAGGACAAAGACUCUGCCCUCUCACCAGCAGAGCUUAGGAACCUAUUCUGUGUAUGUCCCUACAUGCCAUGGGGUGCAGAGGUCUACAUGACUGUGUCAACCACAGAUGAGGGCUACAUCUCUAAUCACGGUUAUCUUUGUCAGUGGACGCUCUCUGCAUACCUUGACAUCCACCGCUGCCUGGAGCACCUAGGAUACCUAGGCUACCCUAUCCUCACUGAGCAGGAGUCACAGACUGCAGCAGUCACAGUGACACGGGAAAAAGAGGUGGACCUGGAAAAGCGCCAGACACAGCGGUCAGUGUUUCUCUGCAAGGUGAUCGGACCGCGGGGGACGGGCAAGACAGCCUUUCUCCAGGCCUUUGUGGGCCGCAACAUCACGAAAACAGGAAAUUCCAACAGUGCCUUCUCUCCCUAUGCCAUAAACACUGUCCAAGUCAGCAACCAGGAGAAGUAUCUUAUUCUCAAUGAGGUGGAUGUAGAGGCUGAGUUCCUGAAGGCAUCAGACGCCUCCUGUGACGUUGCUUGUCUCAUGUAUGACACCAGUGACCCACAUUCCUUCGACUAUUGUGCCAGUAUAUACAAGCAACAUUACAUGGAGAGCAACAUCCCAUGUGUUCUGGUCGCCUCCAAGGUGGACCUUCCUGAAGUUAAGCAGCUCCACGGGAUGACCCCAGCAGAGUUCUGUUAUAAACACCGACUGCCUCCACCACUGCCCUUCUCCAGCCUGUUCCUCGACUCCACCAGCAAGAACAUCUACACCAGGCUUGCCUGGGCAGCAAUGUACCCACACCUGAAUGGUUCAGACAUGAGCAACACAUCUUUCUGGCUGAGAGUGGCGUUGGGCUCGGCCGUGGUUGCAGUUCUUGGCUUUGCUAUCUACAGAGCAGUCGCUAGACUUAAAUGAUGACAACCGACUGAGAUUUUAUUUUUUUCCAAGAUGAUGCUCCCUCCAUUCAUCAAGACCAAAACCUCCAAGACCAGAUCAAGAGCCAGAUGAAGUCUGCAUCAUUUUACUUUUCACCCUGAAGGCUUCCAGGAAACUGUUCAUAUCUCUGCCCCACUUAGUGUCUGACUUUCACUAGAUCGCAAAAAUCCAAAGGCAGUUGGAAUCUAGUGAUCAUAUUAUUCUCUGUGCUGCCAUGCCCAGCUUUUUCUGCCUUACAUUGUCUAAACAGGCUAAGUAGGAGUUAGCCUGUCUGCUGUUGGUACAUUGACACAAAGAACUGCUUCUGUUUAUGUCCAAAAAGGUGCUUUAUCAGAACAGAGGAAAUGCACAAAGACAUUAGUGUCUGGCUUUCCCCACUGCUUUCCCCUCAAUUAUCUUGUAAGAGUUGAUGGUGAGAUUGGUGAGUUUUUUUAUAUGAAUGCAGUGUUUCCUAAGCUUAAUAGAGAAAUGCCAAAUUGACAAGACUCAAGAACCAAAGGGCAGCAUGUGAAGCAUUUUUAACAGAGAAGACGUCCUGACUGGCUGCCGCUGCAACUCAAUGAACAACACUUCUUUUUGACCAAGCUACCACAGAUACAAGAUGUUCAUGUCUGAUUUGCCAAACAACUCCAGCAGCAUGUUAUUUGCAUCUUAGGUGUACCAUUUUGCCUGAGAAUGAAACUUUUUAAUUAGCUUGAAUCUUAUGGUUAAAAUGUUUUUAGCAGUAAGCCCUCUGCUGAUCUGCUGUGGCAGGGAGAGAUUUCUCUUUGUGCAUGAGGAAAAAGGCAGUUUGUAUAUGCAUUGGCAAGAAAGCAACAAAUACAGUAUUUUCCCCCAUAAAAGGAGGAAAAGCAAACCUUAAAAUGAACAUAUCACUCCCCGUGUUCUCAUUGAAAUCAAAUUCAUUUUAAUUGAGAUUGAAAUAGAUUUGUAAUCUUUGCUUUUUCUAUUCACACACACCUGACACUGUGCAUACACUUUGACCGUGAUUCAUUAUCUGCCAUUGCAUUGUUCUCCAACAUUAGUCAGUCAUGUUAAUGUCUGUUAUGUUGAUGAAUUUAAUCUGCGACCUGCUGUUUGUGUAGGACGCACUUCUGCGACUUUUAAAAUAUGGCUGUUUUUCUUACUGCAAGUGAACUGAUUUAGACGCUUAAUAAAAGGCCAGACCAGACUGUGCGGGGGGCCCCUACCCAAAAAGACUAACAUUGUGGGUGUCGGGAUGGAAGAUAUGUUGUGAAUGCUGUGCUGUAUGAUCAUAUGAUGUGAAUGUGAUAUGAAUAUCAGACUUAAAGAGACCUUACCGUA